UUAACUCGGCGGACAACUUCAGACUCACUGCUACUAUUAUUGCAACCUAAUGUUCACCAACGUUUUAGCGGGGAUUCGCCGUUGUAAGCGCAAGUUGUCCUUCAACAGAGACGUUAUCCGCACUAAAAUACGUAUUUUCAUAUCUAAAUUGCAGGCUGCCUUCCCUAUAUCUCUGGCUCCCUCCAUGGCAGGUGAUGACUACAACCCUGUUUCCCUGAGACAGAAACCCAAGAGGAAGACUCGAGGAGGCAAUGUGGCAAUGAGCAGACGGAGGGUCUCGGUUAAAGAGCUGGGGGAGUCGGACUACCAGGGCUGGCUCUACAGGAAGAAAGAAGGAAAGGCCUUCCUGGGUUUCAAAUGGAAAAAGUACUGGUUUGUGCUGAAGAAGACUUCCCUGUACUGGUACACUACUCAACUGGCAGAGAAAGCAGAGGGAUACAUUAACCUGACUGACUUCAUCAUCGACAGAGCCUUGGAGUGCAAGAAAAAAUAUGCCAUCAAAGCAUGUCACCCGCAAGUCAUGAUGUUUUACUUUGCAGCUGAUACCUACGAGGAGAUGAACGUUUGGUUGAAUAAGCUUGGGCUUGCUUCAAUACAAUACGUACCAACAGAGAGCAACACUGCUGAGUGCUACAGUGAGGAAAGUGAUCAUGAGGAGGCUGAGACGACAGAGGCUCCCCCUCCCCCAUACUCUGAGCCGAUGAACAAGGGCUCUGUGGAUGGUCCACCUGGCAGUGGACAUCAGGGUACCCUCCCUCCCCCCUACUCCUCUCCCCUUCCCAGUGAGACCAAUGGCUCCUUCUCCUCACCUGUCAGCACAAUGACAUCACAGAGUUCCGUGUCCUCACUGGCCAAGCAUCGUCAGUCCUGGCUGGACCUGGUCUCGCAGGCCUCUCCUGUUGUCGGGGAAACGGUGGUGUGCUCUGUGCAGGUCCACACACAUCGGCCCCCACAUAAUCAAGAGAACGAGGGGCCCCUACAGCACCACCAGGAGGCUUCAUCCUACCAGGACCCUCCAGGCAGCACAGCCAGGGAGGAGGACUUUAACCCCAGGGAGCAGAUAGAGGAGGUGGCUGUGCUAGAAAUAGGGACAGAAGAUGUGAACCAUGAAGCCACAUCUGAUGAGAUGGAGAGACUGUACAUCCACAUCAAGCAGGCCAACCUCUCUCCCAUAGGAGACCGCAAACCAUCCACCAAGAGGGACUUCAGAGCCUCCUUUAUAAAGAGAUGCAAAAACCAGGACGUUAACGAGAAACUGCACCUCAUCAGGACCCUCAACAGCACGCUAAAGGCAAAGGAGGCAGACCUGUUGACCAUUGAGCAGGUGCUGUCAGAACCCACCCCCUCCAGAUUCAGGGAAUGGAAAAAGGUCAACACGCCUCUGCUCCAGGAGAUCUGUCUCAAGCAUGGACACCAGGUGGCAGCAGAGGUAGAGCCCUCCGCAGCAGCAGCCAAUGCCAUUGCUGUCCCCUUUGUAGAGACCAGUUUAUAAUGGAGUAGGAUGUAGUUGCCCCUUAACACUGAUCUAAGGUCAGUGUUGAGUUUACCCCACUAAUGCUUAUGGGUAAGAUUUGGGAUGGAUGAGCAGAUUGCGUUCAUGUGCCUAUGGGUAACUUUUACUCAGAAUGUUUAUAAGACUCACUGCCGUUAAUGUCUACCCAUAACCCAGUAGCACUAAGAGUUGUUCACAGGCAGCCUGGUCUCAUAGUAAACAUAAAUCCAGGAUGCUGAAAUUAGCAUGAUAUGUUACGUUUGGUUACAUAAGAUAGAAGAUUACUUAAGAUAAAAAAAGAAAGAGGGUGGUUUGUCGGGUGGAUCAUGGAAGAGUGGGUGUAUAACGCGAACGUCUAACAACCCAAAGGUUGCGUCUUCAAAUUACACCAAAGGCAACUUUUGCAUUUGAGCUAAUUAGUAACUUUAACUACUUGCUACUUUGCAACUACUAAACAUGUUAGCUAACCCUUUAGCUUAACUCCUAACCUUAACCCUUAGGUUAGCUAGGUGGCUAAUGCUAGCUAGGCUAACGAAUUGCAAUUCGUAACAUAUCAUAUGAAUUGUAAUUCAUGGCAUAUCAUCCGAAAUUGAUUGGCAGCCACAAAUUAAUACAUAUCAUACUAAAUGAAGGAAGACAGAUUUACAUUUUCUAUGAUUUACGUUUACUAUUGCUCCUACCACCAUGUCCAGGUUGACACAGGCCGCAUUUUUAACUAACUACAUAUGAUUGGAAGCAGCUCAUGUGUUGACUCUCCACUAAGUGGAAUCAUAAGAGGAAAGUGUAUUUUUUAAAGUUGGAGUUGAUGCAAACAUUGUAUUGUUGAUUGGAUGACAUUAUAUGGUUUUAUAUUGUUUAUGUUGUCAUUUAUCUUUUUAGGUUUAGAGAUGUAACAAUUUACGUUUUCGUCUGUUGUGAUAUGUACAGUGUUUGCUUGCAUUUGUGUUAUCUCAAGUAGUGAGUGAUGGAACAUUGGGUAGAUGUGUCCAUCUCUGAAAGCUAAUUUCCACAAGUGUUUGUUAUUUUGCAACAUGUUCAGUUGCCUAUAGGACAAGGUUUUAUUUUCUAAUAGUUUUACAAACAGUUCAACAAACUUGCACUGCCUUGAAAUGUACAGUAUGUAAGCUUUUGAUACAAACUUCUGUGUCUGUUAUCUUGGUUAUAUUUUGAUCAUGAUAUCUUUGUGGUUUUCCUAGAGACAUUUGAUCAUUCAACAUUGCUGUAUGUGAUAGCUGUUACAUUCAGGUCCUGAUACUUUCAUGGAGACGUUGUUAUGUAAGCAUUCCAUGUUGUGCCAGCAACAAUGAAUCCUGAAUUGUAAUUUAUAUGAUUUAGCUGUGGAAAAUAUUUUGUUGUUUUAGCAUUGUAAAUAAAGUCAUUGUACAUAGGUAUAAAGUGUGUACAGUUCUAUUGUAUUUUAAUUGGUACAUUUUCAUUAAGUGACUGUAUCGAAAGAGUAAUAAAGAGUUCAAAUGCUCUGCAUUA